UGCUAGAAUGCAGUUGGCAUUCACGUUGGACCAUAGUUUGUGCCCAGAGUAUAUACUUGAAUCGUCUCGUGUUUCUUUUUUAAAAUUUUCCAUAUUUCUUCCUGAUUAUUUUGUCAUAAGAUAGAAAAGAAAAAAGUAAGGAAUAUUCAUGAGCCCAUUUAAUUGUAGAUAUAUUUGAUAGUUCACGAUUAUAUAUAGAUAGUUUAAUCUACCCAUCAAAAAAUCAGUGUGGAACACGCAAAUAAAGGGAAAUAAAAUCUACAAUCGUGUGUACGCAGAUACGUAGAUAUCUACGUUAUUCGGACGCAUUACAAUCAAUUAAAGUUUUCGACAGGAAAAUUUUUUAAAUGAUUACUCUGUGAGAAGAAUGGCUGGAGUAUUUGACAUAGAAUUACACGACGGGGACUCCAUAAGUCAAGACGAGUCGGACGAUGAUAUCGUCGAAAAUAGAGAAGAUGAAUACAAUCAUACUACAAAUGUAAAUACGAUAUUAGAAUCUGAUAAUUUAGAAAGAGUACAGUUAUCGGAACAGAAUGUUAAUGCAGGCCAAGAAAAAACUGGUCCACAAGAUUUUGAGCUAUGUAAAAUUCUUGGAGAAGGUGGAUAUGGAAAAGUCUUUCAAGUUAAAAAAGUGACUGGAAAAGACAAAGGCAGUAUUUUUGCUAUGAAGGUACUACGGAAAGCAUCUAUCAUACGAAAUCAAAAAGACACAGCUCAUACAAAGGCAGAAAGAAAUAUUUUGGAAGCAGUAAAACAUCCAUUUAUCGUUAAUUUAAUGUACGCAUUUCAAACUGGUGGUAAAUUAUAUCUAAUUUUGGAAUAUCUUUGUGGAGGAGAACUCUUCACAUAUUUAGAUAGAGAAGGCAUUUUCUUAGAAGAUACAGCUUGUUUUUAUUUGUCUGAGAUUAUACUCGCAUUGCAACAUCUCCAUAAUCAGGGUAUUAUAUACAGAGAUUUAAAACCGGAAAAUAUUUUAUUAGAUGGCGAAGGUCAUGUUAAAUUAACAGAUUUCGGUCUUUGUAAAGAACAUAUAGAAGAAGGUACAGUAACGCAUACAUUUUGCGGAACCAUAGAGUAUAUGGCACCAGAAAUUCUAACGAGAAGCGGACAUGGAAAAGCAGUGGAUUGGUGGAGUUUAGGUGCUUUAAUGUUUGACAUGCUUACCGGAAUGCCACCAUUUACAGGAGAUGACAGAAGAAAAACAAUUGAGAAGAUUUUACGCGGAAAGUUAUGUCUACCAUUGUACCUAACACCCGAUGCAAAAGACUUGAUACGAAAGUUAUUGAAGAGACAAGUGUCACAGAGACUAGGAUCUGGGCCUGAUGAUGCUGAGCAGAUUAUGAAUCAUAACUUCUUCAAACAUAUUAAGUGGCAAGAUGUGAUUUCACGUAAAUUAGAACCUCCUUUCAAGCCUUCAUUAAAAAGUGCCGAUGAUACAUCGCAAUUCGAUGAACAAUUCACGGCAACUGUACCAGUUGAUUCACCGGUAGAAAGUACUUUAAGUGAAUCCGCUAAUAUGAUCUUUCAGGGCUUUACAUACGUAGCACCCAGUGUCUUGGAGGAGAUGUGUGCACAACCAAGAGUUGUGAAUGCUAGAAGUCCACGUAAAGGUCUAUUAAAUACAGAAUUUAGCGGAAGUCUUCACAGUUUGUCAUCGAGAUCACCCGAUGCCCAUCUCCAUACAACGUCUCAUUUUCAUCAACAUAGGCAUCACGUUGUAGGUUCAAAUAAUAUGGAAGAUACCGAAAUGGCGGAUAUAGGUCCGCUUUUUAAUUUCUAAGCAUUGCAUAAUAAAUUUUAAUGAUGUAGAAGAUAUUGAAUUAACAGUGGAAUCGUUUAUAACAAGAUACAUAUAAAUAAUCGAAGAAAACGUUGGAUCUUCCAUUUUAGAUUCAGCAAAAUCUUUGUAAAAAUUAUGUCCUACAUUGUUUGUCUUUUAUUCUGACAGUUGAACUAUUAUGUUUAAUUAUCGAAUUUAAUGCAAUUUGUUUACAUAUAUAUAUAUAUAUAUAUAUAUAUAUAUAUAUAUAUAUA